GGAAUUGGGGGAAGGGUGUGAGGAAGCCGGGGACUCAGGGCUGGGGUUUUCGGACCCCGCAGCAGGAGUUUGCGAGGAAGCUUGGCCGGGUCCUUUCUCGGUUUCCCGGGAGUCGCGGAGGAAAGGCCGCUGUCUUCGCACCCCACAGUUGAGGGGCAGGCAGGGGUAGGAGGGAGGCCUGCUCGAGUCUUCCAUAUCUGGGAAGUGUUCUCCAUCGCUGUGUCCGCCACGACCCUCGCCUUCCCCCUCCCCCACCGGCCGGUUUUGUUCUAUUUUGAGGCCCUGGCUUCUCGCGGAGGGUUCUGGGAGGCAUCUCGGUGGGCGGUGGGAACAGGACGGGCCUUGCGCGGAGGCUGCCGGGACUUGUAGUCCAAGGGGACCGCGGGCGGAAAUGCUGUAGCUUCGCCUCUCUUGACAAGGUGGCCUGUGGUCAUCUGAAGUCAGCUGACAAGAAUGCUGGGGAAGAGGGCGGAAUGUCAGCCCAAAGGAGUACCUGUAACGAACAAAAACGCGAUAUUUCCCUGAGGCUUACUUUCUGCCUUGUCUUUUCCUGAAGUAUAAAUCAGGAUGUCUGCACAGUCAGUGGAGGAAGAUUCAAUACUUAUCAUUCCAACUCCAGAUGAAGAGGAAAAAAUACUGAGAGUGAAGUUGGAGGAGGAUCCUGAUGGUGAAGAGGGAUCAAGUAUCACCUGGAGUCAUCUCCCGGACCCAGAGGUUUUCCGACAGCGAUUCAGGCAGUUUGGAUACCAGGAUUCACCAGGGCCCCGUGAGGCUGUGAGCCAGCUUCGAGAACUUUGCCGUCUGUGGCUCAGGCCAGAGACACACACAAAGGAACAAAUCUUGGAGCUGGUAGUACUGGAACAGUUUGUUGCCAUUCUCCCCAAGGAGUUGCAGACUUGGGUCCGAGAACAUCACCCAGAGAAUGGAGAGGAAGCAGUGACAGUGUUGGAGGAUUUGGAGAGUGAACUGGAUGACCCUGGACAGCCGGUUUCUCUCCCUCGACGGAAACGGGAAGUGCUAGUAGAAGAGAUUGUAUCUCAAGAAGAAGCUCAGGGAUUACCAAGCUCUGAACUCGACGCAGUGGAGAACCAGCUGAAGUGGGCAUCCUGGGAGCUCCAUUCCCUAAGACACUGUGAUGAUGAUGCUAGGACUGAAAAUGGAGCAUUAGCUCCAAAGCAAGAGAUUGCUUCAGCUGUAGAAUCUCAUGAAGUUCCUGGAACUCUCAAUAUAGGUGUUCCUCAAAUUUUUAAAUAUGGAGAAACCUGUUUCCCAAAGGGCAGGUUUGAAAGAAAGAGAAAUCCCUCUCGAAAGAAACAACAUAUAUGUGAUGAAUGUGGAAAGCACUUCAGUCAGGGCUCAGCCCUUAUUCUUCAUCAAAGAAUCCACAGUGGGGAAAAACCAUAUGGAUGUGUCGAGUGUGGGAAAGCGUUCAGCAGAAGUUCCAUCCUUGUACAACACCAGAGAGUACAUACUGGAGAAAAACCUUACAAAUGUCUUGAAUGUGGGAAAGCUUUUAGCCAGAAUUCUGGGCUUAUUAAUCAUCAGAGAAUCCAUACUGGGGAGAAACCUUAUGAAUGUGUUCAGUGUGGGAAAUCCUAUAGUCAAAGCUCAAAUCUUUUUAGACAUCAGAGAAGACAUAAUGCAGAAAAACUUCUGAAUGUUGUGAAAGUUUAAGAAGUUACAAAAAAAAAAAAAUCAGCACUCAGGUCUUUUUCUUCAGGAAUGAAGACAAAAUUUAGAACAUGAAGCGAUACAGAAUAGUUUUUUUCCUGUUGACUCUCAAUCUCCUGGGAAAUUCUAAAAAAUUCUUCACUCACUAUGAUUAUAUUAUCUUGAAAGAAAUGGCAUUAGCCUGCCUAGAAACUGAAAUUUUAAACAUAAUUCAGUUGUUAUUGCCUAAAUUUUCCAUGUGAUGUUUAUGUUUUUUUCCCAAAAUAAUGAACUACUUAGUUCUUUGUCCCUUUCUUAAAAGUUUCCUUUUUUAGACAGAUAACUUAUUUCUGUGUUGAUCAUUGAAAUGUUCUUUGUAAGGAUACAUUCCCUUCACCUUUAAAGGCAACAUAGGGAUUAUAAAGUCUGAAAAACAUUUUAAAACCAUUUUCUAAAAACUUACUGUUCUGUUUCCUUUUACCUAAUUUGAAUACAUUUAAGAAAAUAGAAGUUAAGGAUGAUAAGUUAGAGAAGGAUGGCUGAAAGCCUCAAAAUAAAAUGAGCCUUAAGAUAUCAGGUAAGUUUUAGUGAUAAAACUUCAAAAAGUGAGCAGUACAUCUAGAUUGGGAAAGAUAUACAAAUACUUUGACCUAAUCAUUGAAGUAUAUCAGUUUAUUUAAAUGCAGUCAUUGCCUACAGAAAAAUUAAAAACUUUAAUCUGGGGGCAUCUUACUAAUGAAAAUGUUUUCCCUUAUGUCAUUAAAAAGUAGUUUAAACAUUAAGCAACUAUAAAGCUGAAGGUAGAAAUUAGAACACUAAGAAUUUGCAGUGAAUGGCAGUAUUGAAAAGCAAAUGUAAACAGAAGGUAAUGGUCUGUUUUGGCUUUUAGAUUCAAAGAUCUAAUGCAUUCUUAUUUUGCCUUUAUCUUUGUUGUGGACAGAGUAUUCCCUGGCAGGUGAGCAACAAAUGUCAGGUUUGCUCUUUUUAUUCCUUUGGUACAGAAGGGUUGAACACCAGGCUAAAAAUAGUCUUGCAUUUAUUAAACAUUUUCUACCGACAAGGCACUGUGCUAGGUACUGUAAUCCUACCAUAAGUAGGUAGGUAUUUCUUCAACUGUAAAUCAUAGGGGGUUUAAUACAGAGCUGUUUUGUGUUAGAUAGAUAGCUGCUUUUCCCUGUCAGCAUUCCCAGAAUAGGUCACUGCUGAGAUUCUCAGAGCCAUAGUUUUCUCACCAGGGUGUUACAUUUGGAGGGAAGGAAGGACUCAGCUCACUGAGCUAGCUGGCUUUCCAGCAUUCUUCAGAGGUGAGUCCAAGAUACACUUUAUCGCAGUUUGGCAGUUUAUAAAUAUUUUUUAAAAAUUGAACAAGUAGCAUUGAGAUUGUACCUACAUGUGAGGUUGAAUGAACUGUUCUACUUUAAACAAUUAGGCUAUUAACAGCUAGUUUAUUAACUAUCAACUGAUUGAACUAUUUUUUUUUAAAUUUUCAGUCUUAACACAUUUUAAAAAUGUAUUAAAGUAAUACAUUGUAGUAGUAGGAUUAUAUACUCCUUGGCUGAGAAUCCCAAGUACUGUGGUUCUGCUGUUUAGUGGAAAACUCGGGAAGAUAAAAUACUGAGUAUGAGAAAAGGCUUUUUAAAAUGGGCAUCACAGUAUGGAAAAUGAUCCAUGUGAAUACAGAUAUUUAGUGGUUCCAGAUAUUUGGAGGUAUAUCAGGUGCUUGGAUCAGAUUUUAAAAUGGAAGGUGAGAUUUGCAUGAGCCUGUUAAAAAGCAUAGUGCUGGGCCAGCCAGUGGAAAAAUGAGGCAGAAUGGAGCUUGUUUAUAGGUUUUCUGAUAACAGUUACAAGAAACGUGCUUUAUAGAUUAAAAUUUAUUGAAGUAUAAAUAUGUAGUAAUGAUAUAAUGUAUUUUAAGUUAUACAAGAAAAUGUAGGGACUUUUGUUUGGGUCGUCUUCUCUUUGUGGAUGAGAGGAAUCACAUCAAUGUCCAAUAAAGCUAUAAACUCCUCUGCUCAUAAGUGAAGUAAUCUUGGGUUGAUUUAUUUAUUUAAUAACUGGCUUCUUUCCAAGUAGGAUUUGAGGUGGUAUAUUUGGAAGACUGCUGGGAUGACAGAAGUCUUGUGUUAGAGUAGGUAAGAAGGGAGUGGCCUCUCGGGCUGGAAAUUUCAUGCUUUUAAAUGUCUUAUAUAUUGCCCAUAUAUAAGGAAGUUUCCCUGUGGUAGAUUUGUCAUAAAUGCCAAAGAUACUUGGUAAUGUGAGAGCACAGAAAAGAUAGCAUUAGAAUUGGCAAAUAUAUUUUUUGUCUUGCCAGCUAUGAUACCUGUGCAUUUUUCAGAGAGGAUUCUGAGGCUAAGGCAAGGCUUUGUGGGGAAAGAGGACUGGACCAAAAAUAAUUGGAUGGUGGUAUGGUGGUACACAGGGAAAAGAAGUGAUGAGGUGUGUACUCACCAUCUCCAGUUUGGCUUACAUCCCUACUGGACAAGUUGGUUCAAAAUAACUAGUGUAUUAUGAUAUCAUCCAGACAAAGAUUUAUACCCACACAGAUAGUCGUAAUUUGGGGGAAUGCUUAGCUACUAAUGGAAGUGGUGUUACGACAGUUGUCACGCAGUGGCCUAACCAGGACUCUGGUUAGCAAAUGAGACUUUUGUUAGGACGUGAAAACUGCUGGUGACUUGCUUAAUAGCCACUGAGCAUGUAUUUGUUAGUUCCUGUUACGUUUUCUUUUGGUUUCCUGGGAUGUUAUACUUUUCACAUUGACACAUUUGACAUUUAUUUGAUCAUUUAGCAGUGUUUGGAGGAAGUUAUAUGUAUUGAAAUAUUCUUAAUGCUAAGCAUUGCAUUUGUCACUACACCUAUCACUUCUGUAGACUAGGAAAUCAAAAUUCAGAGACCUGCAUGUGGCCAAUUACAGCUGAAACUCAAAUCCAGUUUGCUUGACUCUAGAGACAUGCUUUUUCCCUGUGCUGAGUAAUGUCUGUUAAAUCUUAGUUAAUAAAUACUACAUUUAUAUGUUCUGUGGUUAGCAUGAUUAUCUGGAUCUUUUUUAUAGUACAGAAAUGUAAGAUAAAAGGUCAUUUCCUUUCAUAGGCUUACACAGAAGUGAUGGUAAUAUGGUCUGUUCUUCUAGAUUUAGGCAUACACAUGUUUAAGCAAAAAAAAAAAAGUUAAUAGCUGACACUUAGGGUUGCUAUGUACAAGCACCAGUUGAAGUGCUUUACCAUGGAUUAAUUCUUAAUCCUUGGCAAUGACAUGAGGCAACAUUUUACAGGUACACUGCUAAAACUUGCUUCCCCUCCUCCCACAUUGGCGAAUAGAUACUAACCAACCCCAUUUUCACAGAUAAAAGUUCUUUAUAGAUACAGAUACAGUAUAUUUAACAUCCCUGUACAUAUAUUUUGCUACCUAUGUGGGUUAUUUCUGUAAUAUAAAUAGACAUGGAUUUAUUGGUUAGGAAAUGCACAUUUGACUUUUUUGAGAAAUACUAUAAAAAAGAUUGUACCAACUUAUAACUCCAUUGAUAGUAAAAAUGCCUGCUUACCUAUACUCCCACCAACACUGCACCCUUAAAGAUUUCUUGCCCAUUUGGCCAGGAAUUUAGUUCAGUGGUACCAGGCACCUGUCUGGCAAGCCCAAGGUCCUGAGUUUGAUCUCUGGUACUGGAGAUUUUUGACCAUUUGAUAGGCAAAAUGUUUUAUCAUUUUUGUUGUGCCUUUCUUUGAUUAAUGGGGAGGAACAUUUUUUCAUGUUUAUUGGCCAGUUUCAUUUCCUUUGUGAAUUGAUUUCAUCCAUUUUUCUUUCAUUGUGAAAGUGUAAAUGACUGCCUCCUAAUAUAAAAUUUAAUUGAUAUACAAGUGUAAGAACAAAGACCAUUUUUCCUGGGCUUCCAGUCACAUUCCACUUUCCAUAGUUUAGUAUACUUCCUUCCACUACCCUUUCUGUACAUUUCCACAUAAAUAGACAUAAGGAUAUGAACACUAUUUUUACAUAGAUAGGAUCAUAAAUAGGAAUUACUUUUU